UCUAUGGUAGAGUCAUUUUGUAUUACACACUGUUUGUACAAUCAACUUUGGGAUAGAUCUAUAUUAAAGAAGUUAAAAUUCUGUUGUCUAAAGUGGAAACUAACAUUUAUAAAGAGAAAACAAAUAUACAGCUAUCAUGAACGUAAGAACUGAUGUCGAAACUGCAGCCGACCUUGAAGUUUUAAAAGGUCAAUUAAGACAGCUUGGAAACUUUUUAAGAAAUCAAGUACGGCUGUUCAGACGGAAGUAUGACGUAGAGGAUAUAGCGUUCGAGAGAAUUGAUGAAGGUUCCAACAUGAUUAACAGAGUUGAAGAAAAGCUGGGUAAUUAUCUGUCGAUGAUAAGGAAGAACGAGAGAAUAGAAGACAGGUACACGAGGAUCAAGCGUAUCAAGAAAAGACAUGAAGAAAAAUUGGCAUCGGCCACUACAGUAUGGCUCCAAGGUUACAGUCCACACAUCAUUGAAAUCACAAGUUACAACCGUGCAAAACACAUUGCGGAAUCUCUCGUGCAUUUGUUUGAACAAGAAUGGCAGGAAAUGUACACUUCUUCCAGGAAAAAGAUUGUCUCCCGUGUUACAGAUAGGGACAUAAUGGAAUGUCUUAGAGAUAUACUAAAGUAUUGCUACCAUCGGUGUCAAGAUUUUGCCUGGAAGCAAUGUGUCCUAAUCCUCAGACUUGUUACUAUGUCUGACCAGUACAACAUAGACAACUGUCAUCCAGUCAUCCGUCUUAGAAUCAAAGAACUCCAGAAGAAAGGCGUUUCGUAUACUUUGCCAUUCAUCCAAAAGAUCAUAAGGCAAGACAUUUUGUCACAGUUAAACUUAAGGAGCGUUGUUAAAUCCCAUCACACUCAAAAACCACCACUUAGAACUUUUCUAGACAUGUGCACGGAAAUCACGUGGUUCAUGCAGUUCCAAGAUCCAUCAAUCGUACUGGACUUUACAGAUGAAAUUAGUUCCAUAAAAUUCAAGCCAUAUACCACUUCCGGUCCAGAACUUGUUUUUGUCGUCUGGCCAGCUGUGCUAUUACAUGAAAACGGACUAUUUGUCUCAAAGGGUGUUGCGGAGUUUUUUGACCCCCGGCUCUGACGUCAUAUCCUUAUUGGAAUCCCCAUAAAACACAAUUUGCAUAUUCUGAACACUGAUACAGCUUAUUCAUAAAAAUUUCAAAAUCCUUAUGCUCAAUAUAUGAUUGAAUGAAACUAAAUGGAGAGAGACAGUCGUCCGUUUGUUUCAGUUAACCUGCUGGAACAUUUGCAUGCAAUAUACUGACAGCAAUAUAAGUUGCAACACGUGACGUGGUUUUCGGUUAUGUACCUAUAUGGAUGGCAAAGCGAACCGAAUUUCUUUAGCAAAAACACUCUUGAUAAUAGGUCCCGACUUUGCGGUAAUGAAACAGCUCUCUCUGAAAGUGGUCACGAUAUACAUAGAUCUAUCUAAAAUGGCGACUGUUACAUAACUGAACUUAAGUAUUUAGCUGUCAAAGUCUUGUAUUUUUCAUAUAAUUAUAAUAAGAGAGGCCGUGUCUUCUGAAAUUCCAUCGUAGUUACUGUCAUAUACACGAAAAGUGAUUUUGGUUUCAGUAUAAAGGUCAAGCAAAAUGCAUGCCCGGUAGAUUUCGCGGGUGGCUUGUCGUGUCCAGCACCCUUUGGGUCGGCCUAUGACGUUUAAUUGAAUAAGUUAGGACAAUUAAAUGCUGAGAGGAAAAAUGAUCCAAGGAAUUUGUGUACUUACGAAAAUGUUUAUUUAUAAAAGCAGACGAGACCUCAAUAACAAAUUCAACAUUGAGACAACAUUUAAAGGUCCAUUACUAAGGGAAAGUGAGUUGGCAAUUGUUUUCAUAGCCAGUGCAUAGACUUCUGCAAGACACUAAAUAAUGAAGAUUGGCAGGUCAAAAUUUACAGAAGGUCUAUGGAACUCAAAGAAAUGUAUGUGUAUUAUGUUGAAAUUUCAAUGAAUCGACAGAAUGACCCCCAGGUCUUUUUAACUUUCUUCAUACUUCAUAGAAAAAUAAUUGUACAUAUACUGCGAUUUAUUUCGAAUUUCUACAUACCAACUUUCAUUUUCCAAUAAAAUGAAAUAGUUUCUGUGCUUUUUAAAAGAAAUUAAAAUGUUCACUUUCCUUAGUAUUGGACCUUUAACAAAAUAAACAUAGUAAAACAUAUUCAAUUACCUUGAAAAUGAAUAAGAAAUGUAAAUUAAAACAAGCAUUUUCCUUAACAAAUUUGUAAACUAUUAUCAAUUAUCAUUAUUGCAUGCAAAAAAUGUCUUUCAUAAUAACUGUACGCUGUCUAUAAAGACCACCAUUGGGCGAGAAAAAAAAGAGUGUCUUUACUGGAAGGUGGUCUUUAUUCACAGGUGUAAAUUUUUAAACAUCAAGCAAAACCAGUGGUCAUUAAGGACAAGUGGUCUCCGUACUAAGUUGACCGUUAGAACAGGUUUGACUGUAUACAGAUAUAACGGAGAUUCAUAAUUUUCUAAAACUAAAACGGUCACGACAUACGCCAUAAUUGAAAAGCAGGCGCUUGAACAGUUGAAGCUAAGUUAAAAGUUAUAUGGUUACAAUGAAUGAUUGUUUAAGUGUUAUUACUGCAGAAAUGGUUGUUACUAUAAGAGUACUUCAAGAUGGAUGUAUAGGUAUUUGCCUCAGAAAUGAUAUAAAUAUCAGGACGUUGCUACAGAAAGUCAAGGUUGUUAUUAUUACUGAAAUGAUUGUCAUAA